CUGUUGGUGGUGAGUUGCGUGGUCGUCUCACGUGGGAGUCCAUGGCGAGGAGGAGGUUGUGAGAGGAGGAGAAUAUAUAGGAGGUCGGCGUAGUGAAUGGGGGAAGACAUUGUGAAUGGGCGGUGGAUCGGCGACAAGGAGAUUGCAUUGUGCGGGGUGUCGACGAAAAUUGGGGUGCACAUUGUGGAGGUUCAUGAGUCUUCGCGGAGGCCGGGGGUCGGAACGGUGAAUGGAAUUUGGACGGAAAUGCUAAUUGCGGUCAGCCCUCUCCAUUUACGUCUUCUCCUCGAUUUCCUACCUCCCGGGGGUGUACUUCUGAAAACUGGAGCGUGGGGUUGGAUUGGCCGCAGCCGGAGAGCUAACGCCGGCACCCCGGAAACCAUCACCCACAAUUGCAAGCCCCCUCUUCCCCACACUCGAUCGCGCCAUAUUCGCUGGCAGUAUCCGCUCCGCAGUGUAGCGACCCAAUUAAAUCCAUGCUGUCUUCGUACGAACUGCGCAGACAUGGGAUUAUCGUCCCCGUCGUUGGAAAAUGCGGAUCCAGCCCCAUAGCCCAUACGUUCCCUCCGACCCCGACAUAGACUCUCAUCGGAGUAGGGGAAGCUCGGGAAGUCGGAUCGGAACCUAGGUUGUCCGCCAGGCUCUUUUGAUUCAGCUUCACGUCGCCUUACCCCUCAUGGUUUUAUACC